AUGCAGGCACUGUCCCCGCGCUGGGUGCCGUUUGCACUGAGGGCGGCGGGCGGGUGGUGCCGCGGCUGCAGCGGCUCCGCCGAGCUCGGCGGCCCUAAGCCGCUGAAGGAGUGGACGCUGGUGGUCGGCCCGCGGGGGCGGCUGCGGGUGCGGCUGCCGUGUGAGGUGAGCGUGCGGCCGCUCGACCCGCAGCGCUACCCGGGCGCGGACCGCGUGUUGGUCACCGUCAGCGGCGUGGAGCGGAGCGCCCGCCGCCACCUCGAGCACGUCAGCGUGCGCUACGACGAGGCGCUGCAGCUGCUGGCCAUCGCGGCCGAGGGCAUGGACGGCAAGGCUGCCGUGGACGUCCGGACGCCGGGGAAGUUCGAUUUGGAUAUCAAAACAUCAGGAACGGGCUGUGUGAAGGUUCAGAAAAUGGAAUGUGAUAACUGCAGAAUAGAAACUGAGAAGGGGACUAGUGUCUUGCAGUCAAUAAAGAGCCAUAAAAUCGAUAUACGAACAAAUGGUGGCAAAGUAAUCGGUCUUGGAACGCUCUAUGGAAAUACAGAUAUUCAUGCAACAGGGAAGGGUAGCGUUAACAUAGAGAAGCUGCAGGGGGCAUCUAUCAACAUAUCCACAGAAGAUGGGCUCCUGAAAACUAAGUAUCUCUAUGCAGAAUCUUCAUCUCUCUCUUCAGUAGCAGGUGAUAUUCUGCUGGGAAGUAUUCAUGGUAACACCAACCUUGAGACAAAAACAGGGAGUGUCACAGUAGAUUCAUCAGAUGGAAGUCUAAAAGCUUCUACACUUCAUGGGGCAAUAGAUGUUUAUGUCAGUCAAUUAAGAGAAGUGGAUCUGAAAUCCCAGAAAGGUUCUAUAACAGUCAAGGUACCUGCCUCUCUCAAAGCCUACUUAGAGUUGUCUGGAAGAAAAGUGGAUGUGAGCUCAGAGAUCGAGUUAAAAGAGACACGGCGUGCCUCCAAAGAUGAUCACGUAACUUUAAGCGGUCACAUGAAUCAAAGAAAUGAAAAAGACAAAUGGAUUAAGGCUGACACACAAAGUGGCAAAGUGUAUCUUAAAAGCCAAAGCUGGAUUCAGUCUGUCAAGCUGAAGAUUUCUUAAAGGCGAAAUAGUCAAAACAAUCAAGUCAAGAAACUGUAAAGGAACAUUUUCUCUGGAAUUAUGAAACUUUGUUGAUACAUAUUCUUAAUGUAAGAGAGAAACGAUAUUAAAAAUGAGGACUUUUUAACCCAAGAUUUGCUGGUGACAGUGCUGGUGAUUAAUGGGUCUGGUUUCCUUUUUGUGCCUUUUAGGAACUACAAGGCCUUACAUACGCAGAAUUUGUGUGACCUGACCCACUCACCAAAUCAGUCUUAAAAGCUGGUAACUUUCAAACAAAAGUUUGGAGUCAUCAUUUAAAAUAAGAAAAUUAGGAAAAAAAAGCACUUUCACCUCCUGGUCUUUGGAAACAUGAAAAUUUACUUCCAAGGAGCUGCGCUCUGCCAACUAUUUUAUAUUUUUUAGCAAAAUAUCUUUCUACUGUGGGACUUCAUUGUUUAUGCAAAACAUAGAAUUCUUUUUUCAAUCAAAUUACGUGUAUUGUGGGCAGGAUAAAACCACUUUCAAACUGUAA